UAGGUUUACGGCGAUCGUUGUUCAUGUGUGCUGCACGGAGAAAUCAACAUCUUCCAUUAGCGGGAAGUUCGUACGCGGCCUGCUGGCUCUAUAUUUGAAUCGAGCGCCUCGACGGAUUGUUGCCACACGCACCACUCCCUCCACUCCCACUCCCACUCCCCCACGUACGCUGCGAGGGAGGGCCGAACGCGCCAUGCAGCAACCACCCCGUCUCCUCCUCGUCCUCCUCUUCUGCCUCGCCGCCUCGUCCGCGCUUGCGUCCGGCGGGGAUGAAGGCGCGGCGACCUACAUUGUGUACCUGAACCCCGCGCUCAAGCCGUCGCCGUACGCCACGCACCUCCACUGGCACCACGCGCACCUCGACGCGCUCUCCGUGGACCCUGAAAGCCACCUCCUCUACUCCUACACCACGGCCGCGCCGUCUGCCUUCGCCGCGCGCCUCCUCCCGUCACACGUGACCGAGCUCCGCGGCCAUCCCGCCGUCGCGUCGGUCCACGAGGAUGUCCUGCACCCGCUCCACACCACGCGCUCACCUUCGUUCCUCCACCUCCCGCCGUACAGCGCUCCGGCUCCUAGCGCGGACGGCGGGAGCUCCGACGUCAUCGUCGGGGUGCUCGACACUGGUGUUUGGCCCGAGAGCCCCAGCUUCGCCGAUGCCGGCCUGGGCCCCGUGCCAUCGCGGUGGCGCGGGAGCUGCGAGACCAAUGCCACCGACUUCCCCUCCUCGAUGUGCAACCGGAAGCUCAUCGGCGCGCGCGGCUUCUUCCGGGGCUUCGGGGCGGGCGGCAGGAACGGCUCCUCCCAUGGGACCACCGAGCUCUCGUCGCCGAGGGACCACGACGGGCACGGCACCCACACGGCGUCCACGGCGGCGGGGGCCGUGGUGGCCGACGCGAGCCUCCUCGGUUACGCCCACGGCACGGCUCGGGGCAUGGCGCCCGGGGCGCGCGUCGCGGCGUACAAGGUGUGCUGGAGGCAGGGAUGCUUCAGCUCGGACAUACUCGCGGGCAUGGAGCAGGCCAUCGAGGACGGGGUCGACGUGCUCUCGCUGUCGCUGGGAGGCGGCUCGUAUCCGCUCUCCCGCGACCCCAUCGCCGUCGGCGCGCUGGCGGCCACCCGCCGCGGCAUCGUCGUCGCGUGCUCCGCGGGGAACAGCGGGCCGGCGCCGUCGUCGCUGGUGAACACUGCCCCGUGGAUCAUCACCGUCGGAGCCGGCACGCUCGACCGGAACUUCCCGGCGUACGCGAAGCUCGGCAAUGGCGAGACCCAUGCCGGCAUGUCGCUCUACUCGGGCGAUGGGCUGGGUGACGACAAGUUCCCCCUGGUGUACAACAAAGGCAUCCGCCCGGGCAGCAACGCGAGCAAGCUCUGCAUGUCGGGCACGCUGGACGCGUCGGCGGUGAAGGGCAAGGUGGUCCUGUGCGACCGGGGCGGGAACUCGCGGGUGGAGAAGGGGCAGGUGGUGAAGCUGGCGGGCGGCGUCGGGAUGGUGCUCGCGAACACCGCACAGAGCGGCGAGGAGGUCGUGGCGGACAGCCACCUGCUCCCCGCCGUGGCCGUCGGCGCCAAGAGCGGCGACGCCAUAAGGGCGUACGUGGAGUCGGACGCCGGCGCGGAGGUGGCGUUGAGCUUCGCCGGCACCGCUGUGGACGUGCACCCGGCGCCGGUGGUGGCCGCGUUUAGCUCCCGUGGGCCGAACAGGCAGGUGGCGCAGCUGCUGAAGCCGGACGUGAUCGGACCGGGGGUGAACAUCCUGGCCGGGUGGACGGGGUCCGUCGGGCCGACUGGGCUGACCAUCGACGAGCGGCGGCCGGCGUUCAACAUCUUGUCAGGGACAUCCAUGUCGUGCCCGCACAUCAGCGGGCUCGCGGCGUUCGUGAAGGCGGCGCACCCGGACUGGAGCCCCAGCGCCAUCAAGUCGGCGCUCAUGACCACCGCCUACACCGUCGACAACACCGGAUCGCCCCUCCUCGACGCGGCCGGCGCCAACGCCACGGCCACGGCCACGCCAUGGGCCUUCGGCUCCGGCCACGUCGACCCCGUCAAGGCCCUCUCCCCGGGCCUCGUCUACGACACGUCCAUCGACGACUACGUCGCCUUCCUCUGCACCGUCGGCGGCGCCUCGCCCCGGCAGGUCCAGGCCAUCACGGGGGCGCCAAACGCGACGUGCCAGCGGAAGCUGUCCAGCCCCGGCGACCUCAACUACCCGUCCUUCUCCGUCGUCUUCGGCCUCCGCAAGUCGCGCACCACCGUCAAGUACCACCGCGAGCUGACCAACGUCGGCGCCGCCGGGUCGGUGUACGCGGCCAAGGUCACCGGCCCGCCCAGCAUCGUGGUGUCCGUGAAGCCGGCCAGGCUCGUGUUCAAGAAGGCCGGGGACAAGCUCAGGUACACCGUCGCGUUCAAGUCGACGGCGGAGGGCGGCCCCAUGGACGCCGCGUUCGGGUGGCUGACGUGGAGCAGCGGGGAGCAGGACGUGCGGAGCCCGAUAUCGUAUACGUGGGGGAUGUAGCACCGAUGCAUGGGCGAGUAGAAUUCGUACGUGGCCGUGCCGGCGGCGUGAUCGGCGUCGGCGGGGGAGAUCGAUGGAAGUGUUGCAUAGGCUGGAAGAAUUCUGGCUCCUGAUUUCUGUGCUGUCCAAAAAUGGAUAAGGGGAUUGUUGGAGUACAUUUCAUGGGAUGGGAACAGCACAUUAAUAAAAGGGAUUGAUUUGCUACUAAUAA